GCUUCACGCUCAGCGAGUCCUUCCUGUUUUAGAAAUUUCAAGGAAGCAGCAGCAAGUGGACAGUCGCAUACACUGAUGGAUGCUUCUCAGUGAUCUUUGGGAGAGGAGGACCCAUGCUUUCUCAUCUUCGUGCUGCCACACCAGCAUUGUACAUAUUGUGGAUCACUAUGGCCCAGAUAGCUGGCCAAGAGGACAGAGAGAAGACUACUGCACUCAAAGAUUUGCUGUCAAGAAUAGACUUAGAUGAACUGAUGAAGAAAGAUGAACCUCCUUUCACAUUCCCCAAAACGCUGGAGGAGUUUGAAUAUGGUUUCAAUGAAUAUGGUCAGCUCAGACAUAUAAAAACGGGAGAGCCUUUUGUGUUCAAUGCCAGAGAGGAUCUCCACCGCUGGAACCAGAAACGCUAUGAAGCUCUUGGAGAGAUCAUCACUCAGUAUGUUUAUGAGCUGUUGGAGAAAAAGUGCAACAUGACUAAAGCAAUCCUGCCAGUGGAUGCUACAGAAGAUGAGCCCACCAGUUUUAUCUACCUGAGCCCAGAUGCCUUGUCCAAUCCGUCCAAGCUGCUGGUGCUGAUUCAGGGCAGUGGUGUGGUGCGGGCUGGUCAGUGGGCCCGUAGACUUAUCAUCAACCAGGACCUGGACUCAGGGACACAGAUUCCCUUCAUCACCAGAGCCAUGGCGGACGGCUACGGUGUGAUGGUGCUCAACCCCAACGAGAACUAUCUGGAGGUAGAGAAGCCAGCCAGGUCUUCUCCCCUGCCCUCACCUACCGAACCCUCGGACGAACCCGCUGAGAAGAGGGAGCGCAAAGACGAUAAAGAGGGCAAAAAGAAGAGAGAAUUUUAUGAGAAGUAUCGUAACCCACAGAAGGAGACGGAGACCGAACGGAUCCCUAUACGGGAAAAUGGUUCCUCUGAGGAACACGUGCUGUACGUGUGGGACCACUUUGUGUCCAAAGCCGCAGCCAAGAAUGUCUUCAUCAUGGCCCACAGCUAUGGAGGGCUGUCUUUCGUUGAGCUGAUGAAUCAGAGGGAAAUGCAGGUGAAGAACAGAGUGUGCGCUGUGGCUCUGACUGACUCGGCUCACAACAUCUGGCUACAGGAGACCAGCAAAGGCACACAGGACUGGAUGCAGCAGCACUGUUGUAACUGGGUGUCGAGUCCAGAGCCCCUGGACACACCACUGGAUCCCAUGCUGCCAGACUGCCCCCGAGUCUCUGCAGGCACAGAGAGGCAUGAGCUGACCUCCUGGAUGAGUUUCAACUCCAUCUUCAGGUUCUUCAGCGAGGUCCUGGAGGUGAAAGAGGACGAGGAGGCUGAGGAGACUUCCAACACUGUCACCACACGCAGCAGCUCCCUCAAAAGCAAACACCAAGAUUUGUAAAAGACCAAUAAAAAUGACUUGGGAAAAAGAGGAGAGGGAGCAGGGUGGCAAGGGAUCAGAGGGGGCACUGCAGAAAAGGAGGCUAAGUUUCCAGACCCUUUUUUUUUUUUUUAUCCCUCUCCCUCCAUCUUUCUUUCCUCACUCCUCUCCCUGAGUGUCAUUUCUCCCUUCCAGUCCUCCCUGGCUCUGCACACACACAGCCUUGUUGUUGUAAGAGACAAGAGUACAGGGUCACCGUGUAUACAUCACAAUAACGUUUUGCAUUACUUCUAGAUGAGUGCAACUGUCAAAGCAAUAUGGGCCCGAGUGUUAGCGCUUCCCGUGGGCUGUGGCCUGACUGCGGGUACGGGCCACGGCAGCAGAGAUUAAGGCUGACAGGCGCUGUGCACAAUGCGCUGUGGUGCACCUCUAAUUGUCCUGACAUCAGCCUGAACUGAGCUAAUGCCCCGCCUGCCCUCCAGUCUGCACUGCUCAGUCUCUCCCUCCUCUCCCUCUUCCCCACCAGUCCUAAAGCCUGAGCUGCUUACCCCCCCUCCCCCCAAAAUCAGCUCAUUGCUGUAUGGUAUCUCCUGCUAAGGCUCGUUAUUUCAACCUGAUCAUUUUUUACAUUUUUUUAAAGUCUUUACUCACCACAAAUGUUUUUAACAAGAGUGAACACGCACUCUUAACUGGAGACCAUUUGUUUUGUUUUAACAGAGGGUGUUGUUUUUAUGACUUCUUCAUUCUGUAACUCCUCCGCACAUGCAGUCAGCUUUUAAACCUGACUUUUCUCAUUCAGCUUUGUGUGAAAGGUGGUCCUAACCAUUGCCACAUAUUUCUGGGAUUGUAGUGCUUAUAAUAACAGUUAACUUUUUUUUAAUUUCUCAACUUUGAGCUAAAUUUAAAUGCAAUGUUUCAUACACAGAUUCACACUAUUUGAUUUUUAAUAUGAAGCCAAUACUUCUCAGAGCUGUAAGUGUUUACUUUAGAAUAGAUCUAUGUUUGAUUUACAAAAUUGUGCAGAGUCCAUCUCUCUGUGUUUAUUAUGAAUAUAUAUAUCUUUUUUUUUUUUUUCAGUUUGAUAUCCUUGAAAUUGAUGUCUCUGGAUGAUUGAAUGUGAUGAAACAAAUAAAACAAACACAACCUGUGCUGAAUAUGGAAAAUUCAGGACACUGAGCAUAUUUAAAAUUACUUAAAGUCAAGCAUCAGACUGGGUUUGAGGGAUAUCUCAUUUUAACAGGAGCCAGAAGUCAGCUCACAACACUCAUAAAGCCUCAAUAUAUCGCCUUACACAUGUCAGGAAAUUCAAGAUUUCAAUAUUAUUCUAAGCCUGAAUGAUAUUUCCUUAGAUGUUGGAGAAAUGUAACAUAUCUAUUCUUUCCCCUUUUUUCCUUCCACCAAAGUACUUCUUGUGUACUUAGAAGUGACAAAGUCAGCUCCCUGCUCAGCUGCACAUAAUCUGACUAUGUGACACAAACAUGAUAAAAUUUUUUCCACAAGGCUGGUGUGUUUUAUAAACCACAUAAGGCUUAAUGGAAUACAUCUCUAAUGUGUCAUGACAUUAGUAAAAAACUCAAACCGGAUACUAAAUCUUAUGAUACCUUAGACACAUUUUUAAACUUCAAAUAGUUACCAUUGUUUAACUUUCACACUGUGAAAUCCUGCCUCUCCUCUCCUCUACUGUGUGUAUGGUUUAAGGCUUUUGUGGAUUAUCUUUCCACUGUAAUGAGACAACUGUGGCUCAUGGUUGCAGGCCUAAUUUCCUUUUAAUUUGAUUCAGAUCUCUCCAGGUUUGAGCAAAGAAGUUGGCUUAUUAUUUGAUUUGAUGAGUUUCGUUUCAAGAUACCAUUGCUCAUCUUUCUGCUUUUCAGCUACAAUCAGUUCAUUUUUCACUCCAUAAUUUGUAUAUUGUUGCCUUAGGAAUAAACAAGACUCUGUUCACUGUUUUUAAUAAUAUCCAGCAAGCCAUAUGUGAAUGGAACUAAAGAUGUAAGAGCAGCCUAAAUCCAAAGCACAGUCUGCAAAUAAAAGGGGACUAAUUUUGCCAAUUGCUCUUGAAGACAUUAUUUUUUGCAGAUGGUUUAUGUGUUGUGUUGGUUUAAGGAACACGCCUAUUUUGUUUUAUCGCAGUAUAAGACUUUGGAUUUUAUGAAACCGCGAGUGUCCUGCCAGGUCACAUAUUUUUCAUAUACUCUCAAACGUCUGUCUCAGUUUCUUUUGAUCCAUUUUGGUUUUAAUCAGCUGUCUUUAAAAUUUAUUUUAACGUUUCUGCAACACAUUAAUUGCUCUACUUUUACAUGAUUGAUUUCAUUUUUGUAAUUGACCUUUAAAACCUGUCGAAAGCAAAUAAAGUGAACUUUUGCAUCUUGCUUUAUAAACUACA